AAAAUGGGGUCUAGGUGCGACGCAGGAAAACGCACCUUCGUGUCCCUCAUCGACAACUCGGUCCGCUGGGUCCCUAUUGGCGCCAGGACACCGCGCCAAGUGGCAGCAUCGCAGGCGCGGCCACGCGCAUAGAUGCACGCAGCGCCAUCAUCUCCACGACCCACUCGCCUGCUUUCAUGGCGCUCCCUCUGACCCCAGACGCCUUCCCCCCUCUUUCUCUCUCCUCUCUCUCUCUCUCUCUCUCUCCUCUCUGUUCCUUCUCUUUCUCCACCCACCCUUUCUGGACUUCAUGCCCCACACCAAAUCUCGGUCCUUUCUUUUCCCAAUUUCUCUUUUUCCAUUCUUUUUGCCAUUAAAGUGACCUUUUUGCCAUUAAAAUAAUAGUCAGUGGGCCUCCUCUUCUCUUCUCACUCAGGCAAUUCCCAGGAGCAAAUGCCCCCUCACCUCGCCGGAAAUGUUGAGGUAUCGGCCGGAAUUCUCUUAAUCCGGCCGUGAAAAUUAAGUUUUCCGGUGGUUUGAUGGUGUCGCUUUUUACCUGAUCCAUGUCAUUUCUAGGGGCUCGGCGUGAUUGAACAAAAUGUUUUGCUCAUCUUCAUAAAGGAGGCAUCUUUAGGAGCACUAGAGCUGGGCUACUUCUCAACUUGAACAAAUUCUUUUGCAUGAACACUUCGAUUUCAUAGUUCACAUGUAUUUCUUAAAUUUCUUGUUUCUAGAAUAAACAUCAUUAUAUGUGCAGGUCGAUGAGGAUGAAGGUCAUUUUUGGAGGGAAAAGACCCGACAUGAAGAAGUGGCAUGGGAAUUUAAUCUUACGCACGUGAUAUCACAACGUGCUCAAUGUUUUGCUAAUGCUAUGGUUGGACCACGAUCAUGGAUUGGGGGAUUGUUUUUUCGCUCUAGCAACAAACGGCAGGGACAUGUUGAAAAGACUUCAGACUAUUCAUUGACCCCUCGUCAGGAGCAAAGUUUGCAUAGGCUUCAAGAACGUCUACAAGUACCUUUUGAUGAGACUUGUUCAUAUCAUCAGGAAGCUCUUAAAGCAUUGUGGUGUGCAGCCUUUCCAGAUAUUGAACUCCGAGGACUUAUCUCGGAGCAAUGGAAAGAUAUGGGGUGGCAAGGUGCCAAUCCAUCAACAGAUUUUAGGGGUUGCGGAGUUAUUUCCCUUGAGAAUCUUUUAUUUUUUGCUCAAUAUUAUCCGACUUCUUUUCGAAGGCUAUUGUUUAAGCUAGAUGGGAAGCGAGCCACAUGGGAAUAUCCAUUUGCUGUUGCUGGCAUUAACGUUACAUUCAUGCUAAUACAGAUGUUGGACUUGUACUCAGCAAAGCCAAAAUCUCUCCCAGGAAUAAACUUCUUGAAAAUUCUGUCAGCCGAUGAAGAUGCCUUUGAUGUACUAUACUGUAUAGCAUUUGCAAUGAUGGAUGCGCAAUGGCUUGCUAUGCGUGCUUCCUACAUGGAUUUUAAUGAGGUUUUACGAGUGUCACGCAUUCAAUUGGAACGAGAGCUAUCAUUAGAGGAUGUCCAUCGGAUUCGAGAUCUACCAGCACACAACCUGUUGUAUCGAUAGUUUUUGUUUCCUAUAAUGUUUUGGCUCCUGUGAAAUCCUGUUACACUUUCAAUGUUGUGAUAUAUAAUCAUUAAUCAGAAUA